AUGUCAGAAACACAAAACAAGGACGAAGUCCUCGCGCCGGCGAAACAGCCCGCUACCUCUCAAACCCUCGCCCAAAUUCGAUCCUUCGUCGCCGGUGGUGUAGGUGGUAUUUGCGCCGUGGUUAUCGGCCAUCCCUUUGACCUCGUCAAAGUGCGCAUGCAAACCGCCGAAAAGGGUGUUUAUACGGGUGCGAUAGAUGUUGUGAAGAAGACCAUUGCGAGGGAAGGGUUGGCGAGGGGUUUAUAUGCUGGUGUUUCGGCGCCGUUGGUUGGGGUUACGCCUAUGUUCGCUGUGAGUUUCUGGGGUUACGAUCUAGGCAAAACAAUCGUCUCCUCUCUAUCCGCCGUCCCCGUUCACAACAACACCCCUCAAUACAGCAUAACUCAAAUCUCUGCUGCAGGUGCCUUCUCCGCUAUACCCAUGACACUCAUCACGGCCCCGUUUGAGCGCGUCAAAGUUCUCCUUCAGAUUCAAGGGCAAAACCCACCUCCUCCAGGCCAAAAACCGAAAUACUCUGGCGGUGUCGAUGUCGUGCGUCAGCUCUACAAGGAAGGCGGUCUUCGCAGCGUAUUUCGUGGCUCGGCAAUGACGCUGGCGCGUGACGCGCCCGGUUCCGCCGCCUAUUUCGCUGCAUACGAAUAUAUCAAGCGGGCCUUGGCACCCAAGGAUGCAGAUGGGAAUGUAACUGGUGACUUGUCGUUGACGGCUGUUUUGACGGCUGGUGGUGCCGCGGGUAUCGCCAUGUGGAUUCCUGUUUUCCCGAUUGAUACGAUCAAGUCGAGGAUGCAGUCCGCUUCGGGCACGCCGACGAUUGGAGGUACAAUUCGGGCCAUUCAUGCUAGUGGAGGAUUCAAGGCUUUCUUCCCGGGUUUUGGUCCUGCGCUGGCCAGAGCUGUGCCUGCUAAUGCUGCGACUUUCCUCGGUGUGGAAUUGGCACACAAAGCCAUGACCAAGAUGUUCGAUGGCCCGGGUGAUUUUGUCUAG